AUGGAGUUCAUGUACAGCAAGGGACACCUCCAGCCGAAUGCGCUCGAUCCUACUUCGGCCGAGAAAAUGACAGAGAUUUUAUUCGAGAUAGGCAAAGACCUCUCCAAGAAGGAAGAUUUCGGCAUGGCGGUAAGGUGGCUCGAACGGGGGUACGACAUCAUCAACGCCCAGGACCUGUCGCUUCUCUCCCGCGACGCUAUCGAGCUGCGCCUCUCCGUCUGUCAAGCCCUGAUUCACGCGCUUCUGGGCCUCGGCACGCCAGAGUCCUCGGAAAAGGCGCUUGACCUAGUCAGCUACAUCGAGUCCGAGAUUGGCGAGAAGCCCGUUGUCCUCCUCCUUCGCUUGGAGCUCUUACAGAAGGCGCCGGCCGAGAUAUUUGACAUUGAGGCCUAUGCUGAUAUUCUGAGGCGGAUGGUGCGUUCUUUCAACUUCUCCGAGGCGCACUUUAAGCUCUUGGUUCAUCACGCACGAAAGUUGCACGAUAAGAGCCCGACGUUGGCGACGAGCGUCGUGGAUGGGAUGCUUAGGGGCACUAUUGUCUCUUCUGGACGCGAAGAGUGGGUCGAGAGACUGGUAUUGUUGAGGAUAUGGAUGGAGACGACGCAGAGAGAUGGUAUGAGGGCCAUAGAAGAGCUGAUGGGGGUUCUGGUAGGCGUCCAAGAUAACCUGAGCAAGCCUUUCGGGGCUUCUACGGCAGUCGGAGCUUUGACUCUUAUUUGGAAAAAGAUCGAAGUCAACUACAACCAGGGACAUUUCGACUUCGCAGAUGGAUGGUGCCAAAUAGCCCUGCAGCCUCUGUUCCAAAAUGGCGGACCUGCGAAUAUGUCGAGACUUGGCAGAAAGCUCAUUCUCUGUGCCCUUGGAAGAAACAACGCCGAGAGGGCGCGGCAAGUCUUUCAGGGCAUGUCCGAGACAGCGCAAAACGAACCGAUGACGAGGUACCUCAUGUACAAGGCUGCCCUCCGCUCAUCCGACCAAGAAUUGGCUGCUCAGUGUCUGGAAAGAGUAGCUCUCUCAGCACCAGAGGACCCUAAUUUUCUUUAUGCUUGCGUCCUCGAGGCGCAACAGGCUGGGGAUAAGGUCUGCGCGAUGCAGGCCAUGAAGCAGCUGGUGGAGAAGUUCGAGUUCAGCGAGACGUCUCCGAUUCAUUUGCCAGCGCUGUUGCGGUGUAACAUCCGACUCGCUGUCUCGAUUGCUGAGAGCGAAAAGGGGGCUAGGGAGCGGCAGAGUACAGUGGAGGAAGUGCUUGUGCUUUUUGAAGGAGCUAUCGAGGCAAUCAAGCGAGGUCUCAGGGACAAGGAUGGUAACCGGCUGUUCACCGUCAAGGAACUCGACUGGUUCUGCCAGAACGCGUAUAACCUCGGCCUCAAACACUCGGACAGCUGGGACGUAAAGCAUCUUAUCCGACUUUACAACAGCUGCCUCGCUAUCGCGAAGCAUUAUCCAGAGGAUCUCCCUGCUGAAGCUGCGAGUGACCUCGCGUUCAGGACAAUGUUUUGCGACUUCAUCGCGGCCGCUGCUCUCGUAUCGCUCGCCCGGACGGAAGACAACGUCGAGCAGCAGCUCCAGCAUUAUCUCGUCAUGCGGAGGCAUGUCGUGGCGUACAAUGCAGCUCUGGAGAAGCAGAUGAGCGAUGGUCUGGCUACGAGGCUGAAGAGCGAUCUAACGGCCAGGCUGGCAACUUUAAUGGUGUUUGAUUUUGAGGCUGCCAUGGCAUUGAAGAAGACUGAUGAGCUGGGGUUCAUCAUCCGUACGGCGGUGACGUGUCGGGACGUGAAUACGCUCAAGGCGAUGGGUGAUAUUGCGCUGCGAGGCAAAUUGCCUGGACAAGGUGGCUACGAGGAGACCGUUGCUUACCAUGCCGAGCUCGAGAAGAUGAAGGGCGACAGGCUAGCAAAGUACAUCCGGUGCAUGUUCCACGCCGUAUUACCACUCGAUGCGGCGCUGGGGCAGAGGCUGAUGAAGCAGGCCGUCGACGUGGCGAGAGAUUCUCGCAAGAGCCAGCAUCCGUUCCCGGCCGAAGAGCUUGAGUGGCUCGUCACCGUGGGCUUUAACCAGGCAGUGGACGCGUACAAUGUCCGACAAGACGACGAGUGCAAUACGUGGGCGGAUUUGGCGCUGAAUUUGGCACAUUAUGCUGAUGACGGUGGGGAGUUGGAGAAGACGGUGCAGGAGAACCGGAUGAAGUUGAAGUUUGACUUGCCCUGA